AUGUAUGAGUACAAACUAGGAAAAAAAAAAAAAACUUUAAAGAAAAAAGCAAAAUAUAUUAUAAAUUGUGUUGAAUUUGGGAAGAAAAGAGUGUGUAUUUGUAGACAAAGCCCAAAAGGUUGAAACAGGCCCAAAAUGUUGAGACCAUGUCCAAGGCCCUUCCUGGGCUUUCAAACGCACCUCUGCAGCAAGUUCCCUCAUCAUCGUCUUCCUAAACUGUAAAACAAACCCAGAAGACAACGCAGAGGCAGAGCAGGGAAAUGGAGCAGCUGGAGAGAAAGAGGAAAGGAAGAGCCAAACCCAAACCUAAAAGGAAGAAGCUCGACACAACGACGUCCUCUUCCAUUUCCAGAUUUCAACAACCACACCACACCGACAACAAUACCAUCUUCGCUCUGUUGCUCGCCUCCCUUUCCCAUAGCUCACACAAACCCCUCAUUAAGACAUGCUUAAACCAACUCCGUCUCUCUGUUCUCUCCCAAACCCCAAAUCCCAAGCAAACCCUACCCAUCCCCAUCCUUUCCUUGCUUCCUCUCCUCCUCAAUUCCAGUUGUGAUGAAAUUGUGUCUGAUUGCGCGGAGAUUAUUGGGGCUGCUUCGAUUUCUUCGUUUGAGAUGAAUGAUCAAAUUGCUUCGGAUGGGGAAACUGUGAAGGGUUUGGUCUAUGCGUUAGAGAGUUCGAAGCGGAACGUUUUGCUGGCGGUAUGUAAUGCUAUUUUGGAUUUGUCAACCACCUCCAUUGGGCGGCAAAACCUGCUUGAAUUCUCCGCCAUGGAGAGUCUUAUUUUUUGCUUCCUUCAGGCCCCUAAAUCUUCAACAUUAUUGGUUUCUGUAUUUACCGAUGAAAAAGGAAGUGAAACCUGUCUCAGAAUAGGGUUUAAGGAAGACGAGCUUCCAGUAUUACUUCUUCAUGCUGCAGUUACACUCAUUAACACCUGCAAAAUUGAGCAACUAGAGACGAUACAGAGGAAGGAUUCUGAAACUCUAUUGGCUUAUUUGAAAAAUCUGUGGAAAAGAGUACAUAAAAAAAUAGUACUAGGAACCAUUUUGACAGUCACCCAGGGGGGAUAUUUUUAUAUAAGCAAUAUCAGAACAAAUGAUCUGGCAGAAAGCAUUUUCAGGCUCUCUAUUACUGCUGGUCAGUGUACCAUACAUAUUGAUUUUGAGGUGGUUAAAAGAAGCAUAUUUGGUUGGGGUGAGUCUAGUUUUGAACAUUUUAUGUUGAACCACUGGGAAAAAUCACCUUUGCUUAUAAAGAGGCUCUCACAGUCCUCCACCAAGCAAAAUGAUAUAUUCAGUUCUUUUGUACAAUCUCUGAACUUUAAAGAGGAUGUUCCUUCUUUUCUUCCUUCAAUCCUUCAAAAUUUUAUUUCUUGUGCACCUAUUGCUUCAGAUGAAUUAGACAUCCUUAGUUUCUUAAAGGAGGCGAGAAAUAAUUUAGGUUGUCCUAUAAUCUACCAGCAGGACAUACGGGUACUAAAAACACAGCAGUCAAAAGGAGAGGUGCAUUUUUUUCAGGAACGUUCAGACUCUUGCUGCUUCCAGGCUACUCGGUGUCUCUAUUUUGAUGACAUUUUGAGAUGUGAAGAAGCAUAUAAGGAGGGUUACACAGUUGGCCUGCGUGGAGUGGAGUUCCGCUUUGAGACUAUUGCUGCUAUUGCAGAUGAGUUGGCUUCUCUAUUUGGUCAACCAUCAGCAGGUGCAAAUAUAUACUUGACACCACCAGAUUCUCAGGGUUUGGCUCGUCAUUAUGAUGACCACUGUGUGCUUGUAUGCCAACUUGUCGGAGUUAAACAAUGGACAGUUUUUCCUCAGUUGGGUCUCCGGUUACCUCGCUUGUAUGAACCUGUUAAAAAUUUUCCUGAUUUAGAGGUUGAAAGUUCAACAGUGGAUGCAUGCAAACGGUUUUCGCUAAAAGAAGGUGAUAUUUUAUAUGUUCCCAGAGGUUUCCCUCAUGAGGCAUGUACCAUUGUGGAUGAUGAUGGGUCCAGCAAAACUGCUGGCUUCUCCUUACAUCUGACACUUGCUAUCGAGGUGGAGCCUCCAUUUGAGUGGGAGGGAUUUGCUCAUGUUGCACUUCAUCAUUGGGAUCAUAAGCAGAAGCAAUCUAGUGAUGCAUCUAGUGAUGCUCUCUCUUGGAAUCUGAAUGUUAUGUCUGUGAACCUACUGCAUGUUGCGAUCAAGCUAAUUGGUGACUAUGAUCCUACAUUCCGAAAGGCGUGCUUGGUUGCUUCAACUUCAUUGUCUUCAGAUACCGAAGGCUGGCUUGAUCUGAACCAGAGAACAAUUUUCAGCCAGUUGAUUAGUAGAAUUAAUACUGAGUCAAGGUUCUCAGAUACGAUCAGGAGUAUAGAAAUGGCUGUUCAGAAACAUGAAGAUCCCUUGCAACAAAUAAAAUGGCUCCAGCAUCUCGAUAACAAUGGAGAAACUAUCGACAGACAGGAUUGGAGGAGUCCUUCAGUAGGAACUGAGAGUUUUCUCCUACUGUGUGACCAGCACAAAGAUGAGGCAGAAGCUGCAUUCAUGCGGGUUAAAUCUAAAUUCUGCAGUGAGGUUGUAUUUGAGGAUGUAGAACAGAGCUACAGAAUGCUGCUUGAGAAGUACAAGAAGACCAGAAAGCAAUAUAUGAGUGGUAUGCUCGCACUGCAUUGUAAUUGAAAAAUUAUUUGGGGAGACAUAUCGUCAUUACCAAGUAUAGAGGGCACAAAAUCCAAGGGGCAGCAGGUACCAUGCAAAUGGCUGAAAAUUUUCUAAAAUCUUCCCCAAGGAGACAUAUGCAUUAGGUGUGUUAGUGAUACUGGAUACAUAUGCGUAUUCAUCAUUGCCUCAAGAGAUUUGCUGCUUCAGACAGUUAGUUUGACCUCUUAGGUAUGUUAUGCAUCACCUAAGACCUGAAUUCACAAAUACUUAACUAUGUUUGUUAUUUCAUCAUUGUUGUUAUUGUUUAUCAUA